AAUAUUGUAUUUUAUUAAAUGAAAGAAAAAUUAUUAAUAACGAACGUCGAAGUGUGAACAGACAAUGGAACAUCGCACAUAGCAACGGACAAAUGGUAUAAAAGACGCACAGCAUCCUGGCGGGACGAAACAUAGUUGUGCAAAAGUAGCACCGUUGACUUGAUUUUCUUGAUUUCUUGACUUAGGACGAAAAAUGGCACAAAAUUUAGACAUGGAAAAUAGGGAUCCAAAUGAUAUAAACGAUCAUUUGAAGGUGGCGUUCGAGGAUGUUCUCGGUGAACCAGAAGGCGCACACUCCAUCAACUGCAUCUGGAAGAUGGCAUACACCUGCUUUGAGUGCGGCAAGGGGCUCUGCUACAAACUCCUCACCACAUUCUGUGGCAUCUGCAUCGCGCUCGGCUGGGGUUGCGACUUCGCGAUGAUCGCCUUCCUGCACGUCUGGAUCUACACGCCCUGCAUGCGAGACUUCAGUAUCUGCGUUGGCUGCUUCCGGAAGGUGUUCCACAUCAUAGUCGAUUGCUGCUGCAGCCCGGUCUGCGAAGCCUGUGGUGGCUGCCUCUCCAAGAUUAAGAUCUCUAAGGCGUAGUGUGCGAAGAGAGCAUUAGAGUCUUGUUCUGGGAAAACAGGGCUUAACGCAUCCUCGUAAAACGUUAUUCAAGAAUUGACUGUCCGCACAGGCUAAUCAGAGACGAAACUUUCAGAUUUUAGGGAAUUUUUCGUUCACGGGAAGUCUCUUCUUAACAAAAAUCCAGUUUAGGCGGACAGUGCCAUCCUCUAUUAGCUUGUUCGUACAGCACAUGUUAAUCUGGGAUGGCACUUUACGCACAUGCAUUAGGCCCAGUUUUCCUAGAACGUAGCUUAUAAUAAUAUUGAUCUGACAUGAAUGUGAUUAUUUGAAUGUACAUAUCUCUCACUCGCAAUCAGUAAUUCGCAUGAUCUUUGUUGUUGUCAAUCGUAUAACAGCUGUGAUAUUUGUUCAGAAAAUCAUAUGUAUUGUUUAUUAGUAUACUUUUCUUUUUGAUAUCAGGGUAUUGCAUUACUGUGGUAACAAAUACAAUACGAUACAGACUAAAAACAC